AUUACGACGGGAAAAAAUUAAAAAAAAAAUUAAAUUAUCUAUUAAACAAAUCUAUCUGUCUUCUUGUAUAGCCCUUUAAUUCCACCUUCACCGUCUGAUUUUCUUGAAAGAAAGAAAAAACUUCACAUCUUUCCUUCCACAAACAUAAACACUCUCAUCAUACUGUGAUUGUCACACACAUAAACCCUAUUCUUCUUUCAUCAUCAUGGAUCCCUCACGCCGUGCCCCACGCGCCGUGAUCGACCCUAUACCGAAGAUCCGCCAAGUGGGGUUCUUUGCCCCGCCCGAGCGCUCUCAGUCGGGUCCUCCCGACCCGACCCACUCCUCUCCCCCGAUCUCCAGCUCCCUCUCCCCGGUCAUGAUCCCGCCCCCGCGCCACCUCUCCGACAACCUCCUUCUCCACGCCCCCCGCCCCGCCUCCUCCCCCCUCUCCGCCGCCGCUGCCGCCGGAGGAAGCGGAAACUCCUUUGACUACGGCGCGGUCUUCUUCCCCGCCCCGCUCUCUCCCGCGAUACCGUCGUCUUCGUACUCCAGCAGAAUCAUCGCCACCACCGGCGAGGGAGGGUUCUUCAAGGGGAACGGCGCCGGCGGCGGAAAGGUGGCGGCGUCAUCGUUCCCUCGCGGAGGAUUCGACUUGACGGCGAUGAAGAAGGCGGCGGCGGCGAGUGUUGUGGUGCCGGCGAGCGAGUUGACUACGGUUUCCGUGGUAAAUGAUUCGCUCGGGAUUCCUGAAAAAGAAAAAGGAAAUAAAGCAGGAGGGUCAGCAGUGGAAGUGAAAGACCAACCUAAUAGUUCAAAGCAGCAGAAACCCAAACUCUCAAAAGCUGAAAGACGUGCACUCCAAGAAUCUCAACGGGCUGCAAAGGCUGCUGCAAAAGGUGAAGGAAGUAAGGCAUCUGGAACUGUGGCUACAAUGAAUGCAAAACCAGCUAAAGCUGUAAAGCCUGCACAGAAAGUUGAUAAUGCAGCAGUUGCAGCGUCUGAAAAGAAGGGAGGUGAGAUUCCACCAGAAAAGGAUAGAAAGAAAGAUGCUCCUCAACCACGCAUGCAGUAUGACGACAAGAGUCGAGUGGAGAAAGCUAAACGUCGUGCAGUGGUGAAACAAACUGAAGCUAGGAAUAGAGUUGAGUUGUUCAGGCAUUUGCCACAAUAUGAGCAUGGGAGUCAGCUUCCAGAUCUCGAGGCAAAGUUUUUCCAUCUUUCUCCAGUGCACCCUUCUGUUUAUAAGGUGGGUUUGCAAUAUCUAACUGGAGAUAUAGCUGGUGGCAAUGCUCGUUGUAUUGCAAUGCUUCAAGCAUUCCAAGAGGCCAUCAAAGACUACAAGGUUCCACAUGAGAAGACUCUUGUGAGAGACUUGACAGCAAAAAUUAGUAGUUAUGUAUCAUUUCUUAUUGAAUGUCGGCCUCUGUCAAUCAGCAUGGGAAAUGCAAUUCGGUUUCUUAAAAGUCAUAUAGCCAAGCUACCUUUGACCUUGUCUGAAUCAGAAGCAAAAGCUUCUCUCCAGUCAGAUAUUGAGCGUUUUAUAAGUGAAAAGAUUAUACUUGCCAACAAGGUGAUAGUGAAGCAUGCUGUCACCAAAAUAAGAGAUGGUGAUGUUCUUCUAACAUAUGGGUCCUCAUCAGCUGUUGAAAUGAUACUAUUACAUGCACAUGAGUUGGGGAAGCAGUUUCGUGUUGUCGUAGUUGACUCUCGUCCAAAGCUUAGAGGGCAACUCUUACUUCGCAGGCUUGUGGAGAAAGGUCUUAGCUGUACAUAUACUCAUAUAAAUGCUGUUUCCUACAUAAUGCAUGAAGUUACUCGGGUUUUUCUGGGUGCUUCAGCAGUUUUGUCUAAUGGAACAGUAUAUUCAAGAGUAGGGACUGCAUGUGUUGCAAUGGUUGCUCAUGCAUUCCGUGUACCUGUCAUAGUAUGUUGUGAGGCCUAUAAAUUUCAUGAACGGGUACAGUUGGAUUCAAUAUGCUCAAAUGAACUUGGCAAUCCAGAUGUCAUUUCAAAUGUACUGGGUAGAGAGGAUGUAAAACACUUGGAUGGCUGGGCCAAUAUUGAAAAUCUGCAACUUUUAAAUCUGGUUUAUGAUGCAACACCUUCAGAUUAUGUUUCAAUGAUUGUCACAGAUUAUGGCAUGGUUCCCCCCACAAGUGUGCCUGUGAUUGUAAGAGAAUAUGGGAGAGAACAGGUCUGGAUAUAAUGAAUUAGGCAAAUGUGUACCAUCUCAAUUUUGAGGGCAUGAAAAAUCCCUAUUUAGCAGCCAUAUGCGUUGGCGUGCUUGUUUCUGUAUUAUUUCCCCACCUUGGAAGAAUAAUGUAAUGAGCCUUCCUGUUCUGAAAUUUUGGACAUUUCUGUAUUCACCUGUCCUAGCGAAGAGUGCCAAUUUUCGCCUCUCCAGGAAGAUUUAGCCAUGCAUUCUCAUCAUCUGUAACAGUUCAUUUUAGACCAUUAUUCAAUUUUUGGAUAAUUAUUCGGUCACAAUUUUGGUUUAGCGAGUUUUAGUUGUGCUUAGCAGUUGUCCCCAUCUCUACUGUACUGUAAUUACGAAAACCAUGGAUUGAAGUUAUCUUGUCAGUGAAAAUAUGUGUUCCGUGUGAUUGCUCUAAUUGUCGGAAACAAGGAAAAAUGUUGCUUGAAAA